AUGGUGUUCGCCUUCGUUGAUAUCGACCUGGCAUCGUUCGACACAGAGGAAAAGAAUGAAGAUCAGCGCAAGGAACUUCUCGAUUAUUACAACUCCGUCUCCGGUAGCAUCGCAAAUGCGGUUGAAAAGUUUAUUGGUAUUACACUCGAAGCAGUGAUUGCAGUGGGGAUGCUAUCGUUUGCGACUGAGUUCACGGUGUAUGACUACAGGUUCCGGUGCAGCCGCUAUGCUGUUGUGCUCGUGACUGCAGCGAUCGGUUACUUGAUUAGCAGUGAGCUAAGUGCUUUAAACGUCCAUGUGAUUCCUAGCCGAGUUACGAUACGAAUGGCUGCAGACGAUAUGGUACUCCCUACUUCGGUGAUAGCCAUGGUUGCAGAGGAUGGAAUAUUAGCACCGGCUUAG